CUAACACACACACACACACACACACGCACGCACGCGUGUACACGCAGAGAGAAAGUGCAAAGUGAGAAGAAAGUUCACGUUGGAUAGUUAGAAAUUGCGCUAGGAUAACCACAGAAGAAUGAAGUCACCAAAGAUAAAGUCUACAAACAAAUCCUUCAUUGAGGAGGAUGACGACCUAAACGCAGUGCUGUGUGAGUUUGAUGCAGUGAUAGAGGAUUUCACCUCUCCAUUCGAGAAGAGACAUUUCAGAUAUGAUGAACACUUGAAGACGAUGAAAAGGAGGAGCAGUGCAAGUAUCAGUGACAGCGGGAUCAGCGAUUCAGAGAGUGCAGAAUCUCUCAACAGGAACAGCUAUAGCUUCAGCGAUGAGAAGCUCAACUCCCCCACAGUGUUCUCUCCUUUAACUCUUAGUCCUUCAGUCAUGUCACCUAAACCUAAACUUGGUGACACCAAAGAACUGGAAGACUUCAUUGCUGACCUUGACAAGACAUUAGCAAGCAUGUGAACUGGAACAACUCAACAGGAAAAACAUCUUGGUGCCACUGGACACGGCAUGAUUUUGGGCCUACAUGCCAAAUCAUUGUGUAAUUUAUGAAGACUACAGAAUCUCCUACAGUUUCACAUCAGAAGAAACGCUCCACCAAACAAACACACAGAAACAUCGACACUAUCAGGACUCAUUGAGCUUUCUCUGGAAAACUUGAUCUGGAAGUUAAUUUAAAUUACUUUUUAUAGAAAGUUGUAAUUGUAUAAACUGGUCAUUGUAAAUGUAUUGUGAAUAUACUGUAUAUUUUUGUAUUUAAUGUACAUGUACAUUUUUUAAAGUCUAUUGCUUUGUUAUAAGAAGCUUUUCUGCCUAAGGUGUUGCAUCUUUAAUUAAAAUGCAAAACUUAAUUUACUAAAAAAAGGGUUGGAAAGAAACCUUAAGUGUAUUUAAUACAUUUAUUAACUACCUGAGAUUAAAAAGGUGAAACUGUGACUUUAAA